CGAGUAUCCUAGGUAUGCUCAUCGACGGUGAAAAGUGGGCCUGUGAAGCUUGCGUGCGUGGUCAUCGGGUGACGACGUGUAAACAUCAUGAUAGACCAUUGACGAAGAUCAACAGAAAAGGCCGCCCGUUUUCGACGUGCGCCGUCUGUAACCUCACGCCCUGUCCGACGCCAGAUGAUCAUGCUCGGCUCAGGCGUGCGGAAAAGCAACGAUCCGACUCUCUAUCCCACACGUCAACCACCCCUCCCGCCCGCGUAAGCUCCAGGUCCUCGCCCACCCAUCUCGUCCCCAUCGCCCCGCGACCCCCAACCACGCAAUCGCCAUCCCCCAACAACAGCCUUCCCCCGCACCUUCAUCUACAGCAACAUCUGUCACCCGCGAACCACCAACACUCGAUGAUGUCCGACGACCCGGCUAGCAGGAUGCUCCCCGCGUCGACCGGCGCAGACCUCAGCUACCUCAUGUCGUCGGCGGCUAGUGGGGCGCCGUUGUGCUCGCUGGCUGAUCUCCCGGGUAUGGUGGCGUUGGCGGACGGUGAAGCCGGGAUGAUGGGAUUCGAUGGGCUGGGGGAGGUUGAUGCGGAUGCGUUUGGGGAGUUGGUGCUGGAUGGGGAUGUUGAUGUUGGGGCACUGGGGGGAGAUUGGGGGUGGUUGGGGGAGGGGUCUGUUUAGAUUACUGUAUGGUAGUCUUGUUCAGAUUUGGGGGGAAUGGUGGGAGAAAAGGAUGACGAGAAAAGGGAGUUAUGAGUGAUGAUUGGUUUGGUGAUUAUGAUGAUGAUGAACAUGAUGGUGGGUUAUUUGAAUUGGUGUUGCAUGUUUUUGUUUGGUUUGGGUGGUGUAUAUACUUCUAUUUCUUUUUAUAUGUUGCGGUUGGUUUGUAUAU